UGUGUCUCUUUAUUCUGGUGUUAGUCAGCACUGUGAGGCUGAUUUAGCCCACAGCUCAGGGUUAGUUCCCCCUCCCCCCUCCUGGGGCCCCGGGGCCCUCAGUGUCCGACUGGAGCUGCAGCUGUUUGAGCCGGAUGAAGAGCGCUCUGUGGAGUUUCACUAUCCGGAGCUCUGUGCACUGGUCAAACACAGCAGCACUCUCCCCGAACCGGUCCGAGGGUUCUGCAGCUCAUCUGUGUUUCCCUGUCUAAAGGUGAGAGCUGAAGGGGCUGAGGAGACCUCGAGCUGUGAGGUGCUGGAGGAGGAACAGGAUGGAGAUGGAGAUGAGCUUCAGGCUUUGGCCAGAUAUGGCAGAGCUCCUAAACCGAAGAGAGACCGAGUGCAGGAUUUGGUGGACAUGGGCUACGGGUACGACGGCACCGACUCCUUCAUUGAUGACUCUGAGGCUUAUGAUGAGCUGGUUCCAGCCUGUCUUACAACAGAGUAUGGAGGAUUUUACAUCAACAUCGGGACUCUUAAGUUUCGCCAGGUUUUAGGUGAAGAAAACGACACAGAUGACUUUGAGGAGAACAUUAAACCCAAGAAACGAAAAUUGAAAGGAGGCGCUGAGGUGAAGAUGAACAAGAAGCGGAGAAAAGAAGACAUUUGGUCUAAGGGCAAAAACACAAAAUCCAGCGUACCAUCAGUAGAUGAGGGAGAGAAAGCGAGGAAGCAGGAGCAGAACCUUGAUGGCAUGUUGAGGAAAUUUCACAAAGAGAAGCUUAAGGAGCUCCAUCUGUUCAAUAGGAAGAGGAAGGAAUCGCGUCCAGCAGGUCACUACAACUCAAGCGGCCAGACCAAGGCCGUCUCAGCUGAUCCACUGAUGACGCUCAUUGGUGCUGGUGACCUUCUCCAAGCAGUGAUGGAGCAGGAUGGGCUCCUGAUUAACAAUCAGAACCGAGAGACUCUCCCAGAGUCGUCUCAGGCUUCACUUCCUGAUGGCUUACCUCCCACUCUGGAGCGAAGCCUACAAGAACUUGCUCAGGGAAUCAAUGAUUCUGGAGAAGGGAAUAAGAUGGCGAUGUUUGCUCCAGAGAUAAACAAUAUUUUACUGGAUGUCUCGGUUCAGUGGAAGGAGUUCUCUGAGGUGUGUUCCAGAAUCUUCUCCUACUUGUCCUCACUGCUUUCCUGCAACAAAGACACGCUGAUCAAGAGGGCCAAGAAGCUCCGCCUCCUUCAGCUGAAUGACCAGCUGACGGUUCUGAUGUGCAGGCUGGAGGAGAUGGUGUUCCAAGUCAUGCCCGAGCAGAUCGAUCGGUUCAACGAUCACUGCCAAGCUCACUCCGAAGCCAGAGCUGCUAAGUAUACUCGUAAAACCUUUUACUGUAACACGCCUUCAUCGUCCAGUGUGUUAGGAGCCAUUUGGAGUUGGGGGUGUGUUUUUUUUUUUUUUGUUUUCAGACUGGAAACUGUGAAAGAAAAGCAAGCUGUAGAAGAGGACGACUCAAGUGGAAAACGAGUUUUUGGACCUCGUAAGAGAUUCAGAUGGAACGAGGAGAUCAGGGAGUUGUUACGCGAGGUGGUGAGGCUGAAGAUGAGUGGUUAUGAGCUUGACGCUCCUGCUAAUCAGAGUUUAGAGGAUUAUUUGAAGUCUUUUUUCGAGGCAAGUGUGAAAACACUGUGGCCUAGAGGAUGGAUGCAGUCCAGGAUUUUGCUGAUUGAGAGUCGGAGAGUUCACGCUCACAUCACGGGCAUAGUAGCGAGGAAGAAAUCCAUGACCACACCAAAAUAUGAGAAGGGUUGCUGUGGAGCCGGAGUCUGUCCUAGGAAUACUGGGAGGAAGAUGAGACUCCAUCCCGGAUGGGACGCCAAUCCAUCUCUCUCACACACGCACACCUAGUGUUUGAAGAAAACGUGGACAUUCCUGCCAACAAAGUGCGAUCAGCAGAUAAGCAUAUGCAUCUCGUCUUUCCUUCAAGCUCCUCACUUUGUUCUUAACAGAAGAAUUGAGAUCUCUCAACAGUGUUAACUAUUUCAGCUCAGAAGAUUCCUUCUGCUUGUGGGGGUGUGUCUGUUCUGAAGCAGCUUCCUGAUGAGGAAAAGAAACCUGAAAUCCUUUCGGUGGUUGAGCGAGAUGUCUCCUUUCCCAUGACUCUCUUUUCUGGA